AUGGUGGAAAAUUCAUCGUCGCCAUUGCUAGAAAGAGUGAUUUAUGGCUUUUUUCUUUUCUUAAGCUCCCAGUUUGGCUUCAUACUGUAUCUUGUGUGGACUUUUAUUCCUGAAUCUUGGCUAAACUGCUUAGGCUUAACCUAUUGGCCUCAAAAACACUGGGCCAUUGCAUUACCCGUCUACUAUACUAUGGUGCUCUUAUUUGGAGCUAAUAUGAUAAGUACCUCCCCACUCAACUCCAAUACAGUCACAGAUAGCUAUACUAAAAAUCAGCAGCAGAAGAAAUACCAAGAAGAAGCUAUCCCAGCAUUGAGAGAUAUUCCUAUUAGUGAAGUAAAACAAAUGUUCUUUCUUGCAACCAAAGAACUUUACACCAAAAACUGA